GUGCACUAGAUGGCACCUCUGUACAACCAGAAGCCUUCAUGUGACAUCUGUGACUGACAAAGUGCCAACACACAAGGAGUAGAUUUUCUUUCAGAUAGAAGAGGAGAGAAGCGAAGAAGAACCUCUGGCCCAACAGAUUAUUACGUGCUACACCAACUUGGAAGGCACCAUGGACUACACAGCAGAUCUGUUCUCUCAUCCAGAUUUGUGGCAAAAUGAAAGCUUCUCGUUCAACAUGACAGCUACUAACAUCAGUUCAGUUUACACGGCUAUGAUCUCGCCUGUAAUGGACAAAACCAUCAGCAUACUUUUGAUAAUCGUCUUAUUCAUCGCCAUGGUUUCACUGGGAUGCACCAUGGAGGUGUCCAAGAUCAAGCAUCACAUAGUGAAACCUAAGGGGGUGGCGAUAGCAGUGCUGGCCCAGUAUGGGGUCAUGCCUCUGACAGCCUUUUGCUUAGCUAAGGCGUUCCAGCUGGCUGAAAUGACAGCUGUGGUGAUUCUGAUCUGCGGCUGCUGUCCUGGAGGAAGCCUCUCCAACAUCCUGGCCCUGGCUUUGCAGGGAGACAUGAACCUCAGCAUUGUGAUGACUUCCUGCUCCUCGUUGCUGGCUCUGGGCAUGAUGCCUCUGCUGCUCUACCUCUACUGUCAGGGCUUCCCUAAUCUGCAGAACUUCGUGCCCUACGUCGACAUCACUAUAUCGCUGUUCAUGAUCCUCAUUCCCUGCGGUGCCGGCAUCCUCAUCAACUACUACAGGCCGCAGUACACCAAGACCAUCACAAAGGUAGGCCUCACUAUCAUGAUGAUUUCUGUAGUUGUGAUCGGCACCGUUGCCAGCAUUGCAAUCGGAGGCUCCAUCCUGACAGUGCUGUCUCCUCCGCUCAUGGCCAUCGGCGCUCUCAUGCCCUUCAUAGGCUACACCUUCGGUUACAUCAUCUCCUCGCUCUUCAAACUCAACCAAUCGGAGCGGAGGACAGUCGCUAUGGAAACAGGCUGUCAGAACAUCCAGUUGUGCACCACCGUUCUGAAGAUGGCCUUUCCCCCAGCGAUGAUCGGCCCUCUGUUUCUGUUCCCCAUAGUCUACGUGUCCUUCCAGCUGAUGGAGGCGACGGUGCUCAUCGUGCUGUUCAGGUGUCACCAAAGGUUCACACUCACAGAGAUAGAGACGUACCAGCCAGCAAACACUGAAGACAAGUUGAAAGUGUCCUCUGAAGGGGCUGUAUGAUGAAUGACUAAGAGUCUCCAGCCUGAUGGGGACUAGAAAAAGCCCUAAGUUCACUAAAAAGGGCUCCUGCAGUACUUGAAAGAAAUGAAAAAGAUGUUAAACGGCAGGACAGCCAUUUUGUGCACAGUAAUUAUUGAGAUUGAGAGUAUUCUGAAUUGUCAGUUUGUAUUUAUUUGUAAAUGUUUCAUUAUGAAGCACUGAUGAACACAACAUUCAUGAUUUAAUUAAAAUUGUUUUAUUGUUUAAGUCCAUUGUCUUCCUACACCAUACAAACGUCCAUAUUUUUUCACUGAAAAUAAAAUCCUUAUGUACAAAAACUUUGCAUUUUCCAAACUCUUGUCUACACGUUCAUUUGAACCACAGUAACAUCAGUCACAGUAUCAACACGUAUUCUUGGAAUUACAUUACACACUUGUGUAAAACAAAAGUC